UUUGUUUUUGUUUCAAAAAUCUGAAUGCUUCCAAAACAGAGAAGGCGACUCACUGGCUAUGUCAUUCUUGUCAAAGCAAUCACAAAAUAAUACAAAAACCAGCACCUGAACUUCAGCUAAAAAAACUCACCCUGUCUCUCCCAAGCUCCUCAAUUUCUCUCUUCUUCUUCUACUCUCUCUACCCUGCAAUCUUUGUGUUACUGAGCUACAGAGACGACCAUGGAAGUGAGCGUGGAGUCGAGGGCACGAGAACGAAGCUUCGGGAAGGUGGUGAAUGUGAAUGACAGAGAUGAAGAGCUCGCUUUGUUUCUCGAGAUGCGAAGGCGCGAGAAGGACAAGGAAAAAAAUACCAACUUUCUCCUCCUUCCUAACAAGAACGCUGAUGAGCUCGAUGCUAUUGCUGCGCCUCUUGAUUCUGAUAACCGUGGAGGUUCAGAGGUUUCUAGGAUUGUUGGACCUGUGGCGCCGCAGAGAAAGAGCCGAGUGGAUGAGUUUUUGAAUUCGGAGAAUGAGAAAUCUGAUUACGAUUGGCUUCUUACACCCCCUGCUACCCCACUUUUUCCAUCCUUGGAUUCGGAAGCACUGAAAACUGCGAUCAGUCAGACUGAGGUUCCUAAUGACCAUGUAUCCGCUCCGAAAUCUAGGCUAGCAAACAUCAAACCAGAACCUACUUCAAGGGGCAAUAUAGCAUCUAAGCAUCCAACAUUGACAUCUGGUCUGAAUUCUUCCAGUAUUGGUAACAGAAGGCCCUCAUCAUCUGGAGGGCCAGCAGCUGCUCCUCGUAGAUCUGCUACACCAACUGGACGGUCCUCAUUACCUUCAUCAACCAAGCCCUCAAGAUCCUCCACCCCAAAUUCACGAGCCACCUUAUCAUCCGUUAAGCCCAUGGCUCCUACAGUGAGGUCUUCAACUCCUUCUAGGUCCAUUGCUCGUUCUUCUACACCAACUGCCAGACCUUCUGUACCAGCUUCCAAGUCAACAUCAAGAUCAGUAACACCAACCCAUCGACCAAGUUCAUCAAUCGCACCUACCCUAUCUGCUCCCCCUGGUCGAUCUUCUUCAGCAACAAAGCUACGUCCCACAAGUUCAAAAAAUCCCGUGCCAUCACGUGGAAGUUCCCCAACAGUAAAACCUAGGCCUGUGAAAUCAUCUGAGAUGCCUGGUUUCUCACUUGAUGCUCCACCAAAUUUAAGAACAUCACUGCCACAAAGGCCAGCUUCAGCCUCUAGGGAUCGGCCUGGACCACCAAGUUUUAGGUCAUCUUCUGUUAUAGCUGGUAAUUCUAAUGGAAAACCAAGACAGCCAUCACCUUCUAGUGGACGGGCUUCAUAUGGUAGUGCCACUCCUAACGGGAACUCUCAUCGAGUCAUAAGCAGACCAUCUUCCAAAGACAGUGAUGAUGUAAACCCUGUACUUAUUGGAACACAAAUGGUUGAGAGAGUAGUAAACUCGAGGAAACUGGCACCACCUAAGCAAUAUGACCACCACACUACUCAGAACAGUUCUGCUGGGAAGUCUCUGUCCUCUGAAAGCUCUGGCUUUGGAAGAAACCUUUCAAAGAAGUCCUUUGAUAUGGCUAUGAGGCACAUGGAUAUAAGGCGAAGCAUGACAGGUAAUCUGCGGCCAGUUUUGACGAAUGUUCCGGCUUCCUCUGUGUACAGUGUCAGAACGAGACCAGCAAAAAGCAAAACUACUAGUGCUAUGGACUCUCCUCUUGCUACUUGCAGCAAUGCCAGCUCCGAACCAAGUGUCAACAAUAUUCCUGUUAGUUUAGAGGGGUGUGAAAUUGAAGAUGUUGAUCUUGGAAGUGAGGGAGGAAACUCCUCCCCUGCAAGCCACCAAGGUAGGUGACCACUGAUAGGACCAUCGACCCCGGAUUAUUGGUUUCGCAUCCAUCCUCGUCAUUCUCCCAUCAUUAUUAUUUUACAUGGGGGCCUACCUAGCACUAUAUUUAAGCUACAACUCAUCCCCGAAAGGAGCUGAUGGUAGAAGGCACACUAUAAUACUGUAAAUGUUAGAGAAAGUUUGUGAGUGCAUGUUUAUUCUGAACAUCCUUGCUAUGCUAGUCGAACAAAAUAUCAGGCGCCUUUGAUGAACCACAUUCUCUGUCAUCAGUUAGGUUACU